AUGAGUGACGCUCCCGAAAUUGACUCUGGCGUUAAGGCCAUCGCUCCCCCUUCCGCUCUCAAGUCGUUCCUGUCGCAGGCCGAGUCCUUCGCCGCCGGUGGCUUUGGAGGUAUCUGCGCCGUUCUGGUUGGUCAUCCGUUUGAUCUGGUCAAGGUGCGUCUGCAAACCGGCUCUCCGGGCCAGUACAAGGGCGCCAUGGACGUGGUCGGUAGCAUCAUGAAGACCGACGGUCCCCGAGGCUUCUACCGAGGAGUCAUGGCUCCCCUGGUCGGAGUCACCCCCAUGUUCGCCGUCUCUUUCUGGGGUUACGAUGUCGGUAAGCAGAUUGUGUCUUCUGUGUCCGAGGUGGACGCCAAGAAGGGCUUCUCCAUCGCCCAGAUCUCGGCCGCAGGUUUCCUCUCCGCCAUCCCCACUACAGCCGUCGCUGCUCCCUUUGAGCGAGUCAAGGUCAUUCUGCAGCUCCAGGGCCAGGGCAAGACCGGCGGCAAGCAGUUCAACGGUGCCAUCGACGUGGUCAAGCACCUGUACAAGGAGGGUGGUCUCAAGUCCGUCUUCAAGGGCUCUGCCGCCACUCUGGCCCGAGAUGGUCCCGGCUCCGCUCUCUACUUUGCUACCUACGAGUUCCUCAAGCGAAAGCUGUCUCCCCCCGCCGAGCCCGGAUCUGCUGCCCAGCCCCUGUCUCUCGCCGCCAUUUCCUUCGCCGGAGGUAUGGCUGGUGUCGCCAUGUGGGUGCCCGUCUUCCCCAUUGAUACCAUCAAGUCCGUCCUGCAGUCGUCCGAGACCCCCCAGAGCAUUUCCCAGGUCACCAAGAGCAUCUACGCCCGAGGCGGAAUCAAGGCUUUCUUCCCCGGUAUCGGCCCCGCCCUGGCCCGUUCAUUCCCCGCCAACGCCGCCACCUUUGUCGGCGUCGAGCUCGCCCACAAGUUCUUCACUUCUCUCGCUUAG